AUGUCUUUCGAAACCGUCAUGCCCCCCUUCAACUCGACCGACCCCAACGCCUCCUUCCUGAGCUCUUCCGCCUACGACUUUCUCCUCAUCGAGCUCGUUCCCCUCGCAUACCGCGUCACGCAGGAGCUCGACCACGCCGCCACAGCAAACAGCGGCUCCUCAGACCCCGCACCAGCUUCGGCCGAUACGGCAUCGGUCAGCCAGCGCGCGGCCUCGAGCGUGACGGGCGGCGGCGGCGGCGGGACGGCGGCGAGUGCAGGCCAGAAGAUGGACGAGGACGAGGAGAAGGAUGCCGUUUUCUACAGGUUGGAGAAGCUGGGAUACCGUGUCGGCCAAGGGCUCGUGGAGCGCUUUUCGCGCGACAGGCCGCGAUUCAACGACACGCUCGACGUGAUCAAAUUCCUCUGCAAAGACUUGUGGUCACUGGUCUUCAGGAAACAAGUGGAUAACCUCAAGACAAAUCACAGGGGCGUCUACGUUUUGACGGACAACAACUUUAGGCCGUUUGCAAGGAUGAGCACCGAAGUGGGAGGGCAGGCAGUCUUGCGAGCACAGCCGUUCUUAUGGUUCCCUUGUGGCAUCCUGCGUGGAGCGCUGGCUGCUUUGGGUGUGGAUGCGACGGUUCAGGCCGAAACGAACGAGCUCCCCGCCGCCGUCUUUCAGAUCAAAACGCUUGCUCCAAAAACGUAG